GACUUUGGGUAUGUACAAGUUACAUCAACAGAGAAUCUCAAAGCAUAUGUCUGUAAUUCCCCUGAGGUAGCUGCAAGAUCAAAAGAACCACUGUGGCAAUGUACCGGAAGAGUUGUGUAUGGUACUGAUAAGAUGUCUCUACCAAGUACUGCUGCUAACAAGCCUGUGGUCCUACCCAAGAUGGUGCAGAAAGGAAAGAAACGGGAAGUAUUUUUGGAUUUACUGGAGAGGCUAACAGUAUUGGUUGGUACAAAUGGGAACAUUUUGAGGAGUGAAAUUGACGGAUGCAUUCUGAUGAAAAACUUUGUGGCCGGCUCUCCCGAAGUUAGGAUUAUGCUAAAUGAUGAUUUCUUUGUUGGAAAGUCUGAUGUGGUUUCAAGAGCGGACAGUGUAGCAGUGAGGCUGGACAACUGUACGUUCCAUGAGUCUGUUGACUUGACCAACUUUGAAACAACACGAACACUUCUAGUUAAUCCACCAGAAGGAGAGUUUGUUGUCAUGAAAUACCGUCUUUCAGAGGCCAACCAGUCAAAUCUUCCGUUUACCUUGAUUGCGUUUGUCGAUGAAAAUGAAGAUUCAAAAAUUCUUGAAGUCAUACUCAAGUUGAGAUGCAAUGUGCCGUCAUCAAGUUACGCCAACAACAUUGUUGUGAAGGUACCAGUGCCAAAGUUAACCGACAGCGUUUCACAUCAAAUAACUUCCGGGAUACAAACAGGAGAUUUCAAGUCAUCCGAAAAAGCCUGGUACUGGAAUAUUAAGAAACUACAAGGAGGGUCAGAAAUAUCAGCGUCAAUUAAGGUCCAUAUGAGUGAAAUACGAAAAUCUUCACGUAAAGAAGUCGGCCCCGUCAGUUUGGACUUCGAAAUACCAAUGCAUAUAUGCUCCGGACUCCAAAUCCGAUACGUGCGCGUACAGGAUCGAGAGAAAGCUUGCAGCCUCUUUCGCUGGGUUCGUUACAUUACUCACAGCGAUUCGUACGUGUUUCGUAUAUAACAGGAGGCUGUGGAGAAUGUACAGGAAAAAUACUGAAGAACAUAACGGACAGAUCGAAUUCUGUCUCUCAGAAUAGCUGAUUAAGUGCUACGUGUUCGCCUCUUCGUAAACGUGAAGCGAGCAUUGCAUUCUGGUGAAUAUUAUGACGUCCUACUCCAAUGAAGGUGGACAGCUUGGGCAACUGGACAUUAUUCAAAAAGUCAAUCUACAGAUCGCAUAAAUUGCAACUCAAGGUUGUAUUGUUCACUGAUCUCUCAUAACUUAGCGUUUUGUUUGUUUGUUUGUUUGUUUCGAAGUCACUGAUUUAGUUUGGAAUAAUAAAGGAGAAGAAUUCAUGGGAAUUGAUCCUCA